AUGGCAACGACACGGUGGCUACUACUUUUACUGGCUUUUUCUAAGCUGUUGACCACGAUUCUCGCCGCACUAUGCACCACUCAGCCGUCAACGGUGUUGCUGUCAUUGCCAUCAUCAUCGCUUAACUUGGCAAACUAUCCACUGAAUGUAACUCUAUGGAUCGACUCACAGUUUCAUUACGCGAUUUAUUGGAGGGCGGAAACGGCACCAUGUCCAGACGGAUUACGGGUUGCUAUAGUUCUUAAAUCCAACAGCUCGGGCACCCUCGAUACUAGAGCUUGGGCUGGUCUUGGGUUUGGAGACUAUAUGUUGGACCCAACAACAAUGUUCAUGGUGAUGCAGCGCUCUGGAAAUGGAAUCACACUCGGUGAAUUCAAGAGCACUGGUGCUUAUCAGCCGCCCAUCCCACUGAGUCAGGCAUUGCCGAACGUUGCAUCUCCAUUCGUUUCCUUGUCGGGAGGCUAUGAUCAAGCCGCCGACGGAACGCAGACUAUCUUUGCAGAGUUUUAUAGGCCAGCUGUCGUGAAUGAUGGUUACCACACAGCGAUUGCGUUGAACGACUCGCAACGUCUAAUAUUCGCCUUCCAACCACAACCGACUUUGGACAAUAAUUUUUUUAAUUUUCAUUACCAAUACCGUGGACGAAUCUCGGUUAGUUCGUAUAUCGGGUCUGCAGUCGGAAGUGUUUCGUCAAUGUCUAAAGUGGAUGAGACCAUCUCAUGGGAUUUCAAGGAAUUACAUGGCUGGGGCAUGCUGACAGCAUGGUUUGUGAUAUUACCCUUUGGCAUAGUUUACGCCAGAUAUUACCGCUCAUCGCCCGGUUGGCUCUUUGUGCACUUGUCCGUGCAGUCAAUCGGACUACUCCUCAUCAUAUCCUGCUUCGUCAUUAUGCUCCUCACAAUCCAAUUAUGGAACCAGCCACAUGCUCGCCUAGGUGUCAGCCUCAUUACACUCAUAUUCAUACAGGCGUCAUUGGGAGCCUGCAAGUAUUAUGGUAUGAGGUCAAAGAAGCUGAUAGACCUAGAUUGGUGGAUUCAGCUCUCGCAUCGAGUAUUGGGUCCACUAACGCUAGCGGGAAGUUGCGCACAAGCGUAUCUCGGCCUUCAGACGCUUGUACCUUGGAGUGAACCGCGAGGCAAAUCGAUGUGGUUUUAUUGGUUUAGUUUGUUGGGCAUGUGGAUUAUUGUAUUUAGCACGUAUGAGAUAUGGUAUCUUGGGCAAAAGAAUCGAGGACCAAAAACAUGGCUGACCAAGAUAAGGAGGAUUAAGCUAUGUCUGCCAAACAGGACGAAGAGUAUGCCACUACCUUCCUCAGAAUCUAGUUUGCAGACAUUGACAGCAGAAGCAGUGCCAGCGGUUGUCCAAAUUCCGGUUCCAGCUCCUAACGAGACCUUAAAAACAUUUACAUGGGAGAGUCUAGACGAAGCUGUGCUCUCUGGACAAUUAUAUGUCGUAGCCAACGGCAUAUACGUAUUUGAUCUGAAUCAAUGGAGGUUCUCGCAUCCUGGGGGCCAAUCUAUACUAGAGCAAGUAGCUGGAACCGAUAUUUCACUCGAUUUUUGGACAUCGGCUGGAUAUGAUGCUACGGAAUUCAUACCGAGGCUCGAUCGAAUCGAUCCACGCGCUCAUCGACCUCUACCCGCUCCACCAAUAACAUCAACAACAGGCUCCAGUAAUGAUCAAUCUCCUACUAUGGCUGAAGUAGCCAAUAACCCUGCUGCAUUAUCAUCACUUACGAAGAAGGAUUGGGAAAAAAUAUUAUCUUCCAGAAAAACCCAUAUCCAUACACGGCUUGCGAUAAAUAGAUUGUCGCAGAUGAUUGUAGGAGAACUGUCUGUCUCAUCGCCGCAACAAGUCAUGGUGCCCCCAUCGCCAUAUAAGGCGUUCUCGCCGUAUGAGUUUCUACGCUACUCUGUCACCAGUAUAAUAAGGAUUGUUGCAACUGCGCCAGCAUCCUCUUCACCAAAGACGGAUGUUGGACCAGUAAUUAUUGAGGAUCGUGACACCUGGUACAGAGUCCGCUUAGCCAGAGUGUAUCCAUUUGAUAGGAGGGACGCUGAACCCAAGGAACUCAUAGCAGGAAGUCGCAUGCAAUUGCAAUUCAUAGUGCCAGGGAGUGGUGAAGCAUCUCAACGUGUCACACGGUGGUUGGUUCCAAUAAAGGGCGACCUUACCGCAUUCGAAGUCUUGAUCAAGGUCAAGAAGAAUGAGACAGGGCCGCUGGCAAGUCUGGUGAAAUCGUUGAAACCUGGAAAGAAGCAAUUCAAGAUUCGAGGACCGUUUGGCACUCCUUUGAUACAUCCAACACGACCAUUGAAUGUAGCUUUGCCGGAUUGGAUACCGGACGAGUUAAUAUUUAUAGUGGCUGGAUCUGGUAUACUAUCCUUCCUGCAAUUUGUGGAAUAUCAAGUGUUUAAGACUGGCAUUCCACUGAAGAUACAUGCACCGUUUGUAGCACGAAAUCCAGACGAACUAGAUCUAAAUCCGUCAAUACACAACACCGUAACAAUUAAUCAAUUUAUGGGUGACGGGUGGGCUUGGGGCUCUACGUCCACCGAAAAAAAUACCAGGAAUGGAUACUUUCCAGUCUCCCACACCCUCUCACCUCUUCGAACGAGGAUAAAGCUACUAUACGGAGUACAUUCCGUGUCUGAUGUUGCAGCCAACCCAACACUUAAAUUAUUGGGAUUAUCGUACCCGUGGCUAAUGGAAUCCUGUAUUUAUGUCUCUGCCAAAAGCCCCAUGGCAAGUACAGUCUAUGAAACCGAGUUUGGUGAGAUACACCCAGGUAGUCGGCUGAGUGAAGCCUCAUUAACGAGGUAUUUGGAGCAGCUGAAGCCCGGAAAACGGAGGGUGGUUAUAGCAGGACCGGAAGGCUUUUGCAAUAUGGUGUAUGGUACAUGUACUCGUUUUGGAUUUACCUACUCGGAUAUAGUACUCUAUUCUCCUAAUACUAUUGUAUAG